UAGUUCAAAUGUCUCUCUUCAUCUAAGUAUCAACUCCCCGAGGCAAGUCGUCGCGGGUUGCGAGCGACGCGUCUAGCACGUGAUGUUGCUCACCAAAUCACGGGACCGCGAAGCGUCGCAGUGGUGGCCCACUUGCCUUAUAGGCGCUAGUGUGUAGUGCUACGUAAAACCUGAGCAAUCGCGCGAUGGUCAGCAAACCCAUGCGCGCACCACACUCCGUCCCACAUGCUCGGUAUCCGAAUCCCAUGAUGCUCGCGUUCCUGGCUUCGCUAUCUUCCAUUCGACGACUUCGCGAGCCCCAAGAGAAGGCGGCUCCCAUUUAUUCGCAGCUAAGAAUACCUGGGCCUGUCAGGUGGCCCCGGGCAGAGCACCUUUCUGCUGGUCAUGGGACGGCUCUGGGAGGGUGCGCUCGAGCCCAGGCGAGUGCGGUGUAGGCUUGCCGCGACCAGCGCAUAGUAAGGCCAGAGCGAUGGUCUUGAUCUUGAUUCUGGGGCGGGCCGCCGUCGGGCCCGGCGGGGGUGCUCUCGUUUGGUGGGUGGUUGAGAUACGGCGCACGCUGUGGUGGACGGACGGACGAACGCAUCACCGCGCGAUGCUCCGCCGCACUAAUCACGCUCGGGCUCGGCAACCUGCCGGGCGAAUAAGGUUCAGCUGAGUGGCUGCGGUUGUUCGCACAGUGUCAUUCUUCGCUCGACCAACCGAGUUCUCGCCAUUGCCCCUGCUAAGUGCACUUGCUCCCUCGAACUGCACGAGAAGAACCUCACUUCUUUCUUCUGGGACUGCUGACCCAACCUGUACCGAAUACCCGCUGCGAUUCGUCGAAACGACGAUAUUUUUGACGGAGGCAGGCUGCAUGACCCAGUCACUUGUUCAUCCUGUUUUCCCAUCCUCCUAGUGGCGAGCGUAUAUAUAACACACCCACCGGGGGCCUACUAGUGCACUCCCACCACUCUCACCGCCGCAAUCAGACCAAUGGUGCAACCACAGGAAGUUGAUGUUAUCGUCGCGGGGGGCGGGCCUGCGGGCUGUGUCGUCGCGGGCCGUCUCGCGUUUGCUGAUCCCUCGCUCAAAGUCAUGCUCAUCGAAGGGGGUGCUAACAACAGAGACGAUCCCUGGAUCGCAGACCGGGCAUCUACGUCCGCAACAUGCAGCGCAACGGCGUAAACGACAAGGCCACGUUCUACACCGACACGAAGGCCUCGUCGUAUCUCCGCGGACGACAGAGCAUCGUCCCAUGCGCGAACAUCCUCGGUGUGUAGACCACCCCCUCGUGAAGUAUUUCGUCUCACAAUUCCGUGCGACCAGGCGGAGGGAGCAGGUGAGAAUGCCAUCCCCCGAUGCGUCCCGCAGAGAUAACCCGGACCCCCCGCAGUAUUAAUUUCCAGCUCAACUCAGGCAUCCGCUUCCGAUUGGGAUGACUUCAAAUCCGAGGGAUGGACCGCGAAAGAUCUACUGCCUUUGAUGAAACGGCUCGAGAACUACCAGAAGCCGUGCAACAACGACACACACGGCUACGACGGCCCCAUCGCCAUCUCGAACGGCGGCAGCAUCACUCCCCUUGCGCAAGACUUUUUGCGAGCGUCGGAUGCGAUUGGCGUGCCCUACAGCGAUUUGGAAACCGCGCACGCCUCUGAGAUCUGGGCCAAAUACAUCAACCGACACACCGGCCGCAGAAGCGACGCCGCGACAGCGUACGUGCACAGCGUGAUGGACGUGCAGGACAACCUGUAUCUGCGCACCAACUCGCGCGUGUCGCGCGUGAUCUUCGAGGGCAACAAGGCCGUCGGCGUCGCAUACGUCCCGGCCCGCAACCGCGCGCACCAGGGCCAGGUCGUCGAGACCAUCGUCCGCGCACGCAAGUACGUCGCGCUGAGCAGCGGGACAUUGGGGACGCCGCAGAUUCUGGAGCGUUCGGGGGUCGGCAAUGCCGAGCUGUUGAAGAAGAUGGAUCUGAAGGUCGUCAGCGAUCUUCCCGGUGUUGGCGAGCAAUAUCAAGACCAUUACACCACGCUUUCUCUGUACCGUGUCUCCAACGAAAGCUUUACUCUGGACAACUUCCUCCGCGGCGACAAGGAUGUUCAGCGCGAGCUGUUCCAGGAGUGGGAAGUCUCACCAGAGAAAGCGCGCCUGUCGUCCAAUGCGAUCGACGCCGGAUUCAAGAUCCGUCCGACCGAGGCCGAGCUGAAGGAGAUGGGACCCGAGUUCAACAAACUCUGGGACAAGUACUUCAAGGACAAGGUGAUCCGAUCCGUCCGAGCCUACGCCGACCACUCGCUCCUCCCACCCGGCAAUUACAUCACCAUGUUCCAGUACCUCGAGUACCCGGCCUCGCGCGGGAACAUCCACAUCAAGAGCCCGAACCCGUACGUCGAGCCGUCGUUCGACAGCGGCUUCAUGAACAACAAGGCGGACUUUGCGCCGAUCCGGUGGAGCUACAAGAAGACGCGUGAAGUCGCGCGCCGGAUGGACGCGUUCCGCGGUGAGCUGACGUCGCAUCACCCGCGGUUCCACCCCGCGUCCCCCGCGGCGACGAGGGACAUUGAUAUCGAGACGGCCAAGGGCCUGCUGCCCAACGCGCUGACCGUCGGGAUCCACAUGGGAACAUGGCAUGCGCCCGGGGACAAGUACGACGCCAGCAAGGUGCACGAGGACAUCAAGUACACGGAGGAGGACGACAAGGCGAUCGACGACUGGAUCGCGGACCACGUCGAGACGACGUGGCACAGCCUCGGCACGUGCGCGAUGAAGCCGCGCGAGGAGGGCGGUGUCGUCGACAGCCGCUUGAACGUGUUCGGGACGGAGAACCUCAAGUGCAUCGAUCUCAGUAUCUGCCCCGACAAUCUCGGCACGAACACCUACUCUUCUGCGCUCCUCGUGGGCGAGAAGGGCGCGGAUAUCCUCGCUCAGGAUCUCGGCCUCAAGAUCAGAGUCCCCCAUGCUCCGGUCCCGCACGCGCCAGUCCCGACCGGAAAGCCGGCGUCCCAACUCGUCCGCUAAGUGUCAGGGAGAAAUUUGUAACUUUUUUGUAUCAGUAUGUCACGUAUCAGGAGAACCUGGAAUUGUAUAAGCUUCGAUCGGC